CAUAGUGUAGUCGCACGUUAUUGCGCUAGAACCAGCGUCAAGUCGACUGCAGAGAGGUCUAGUAGCAUCGUCAAGGAUCGACGACGCUCGGUUGUUGCGAUCUUCGUGAAAUACCGGAUAUGAUCUAUGUAUCCGGACGACGACGAUCUCGUUUGCAACGUGGCAACCAAGAUUUCGCCAUGCAGCAGGAGCUCGAGGCCGCGCACGAUGGGCUCUUCCUCGCCGCUGAGCAUGGCCGCGCCGACGUCCUCAAGGCGCUCCUCGACCACGGCAAGGACGUCUUGAAGCUCGACGCGAUCCGCAACGCCGAGGGCCUCACGCCUUUGCACGUCGCCGUCGUGCAUCAAAAGACGGACGCGGUCCGCGCACUGCUCUCAGCCGGCUUUGCCGCUGACGCUGCCGCGAUCCCUAGCAAGAAGCCGUCCAAGUACACGCACAAGACAGCGUACGAGAUCGCGCUCGGGCAGCUACCACAUCGUGCGAUGGUUCAAGUCUUUGGGCAGUACAUUGUGCAGCACGUUGCGAUGAACGACGUGCCCAAGGUUGAGGAGCUCUUGCGGGCCGGCAUCGACGGCGCAACGGCCACUGACGGCCCACCGCACGAGAACACGCUGCUGCACUGGGCCGCCUCGAGCAACGCCGUCGACGUCCUUUCUCUGCUCUUGCGCAAGUACGGGCGGUCGCCUGUCUUGAACCAGCAAAACGCCGAUGGCGCGACGGCGCUUCACGAGGCGUGCCACGUCAACUCGGCCGAGUGCGUCCAGCUCCUCGUGGACUUUGGCGCCGACCUGAGCCUCGUCGGAACCCGGGGCUACGUCAAGGGCAAGGCCCCAGUCGAAGUUGCGUCCAAGAAGGAGAUCACGCGCAUCAUUGCCAAAGGCAAAAUCACCAAGCGACCUGCCAACGACGUUGCGAACACGGAGAAGCAAGACGCAGAGGACCGCGACGUCGUCAUGACUGCGCUCGCUACGAGUCCGCGGGCCCGCGCCCCAACGAUAUCUGUGGUCGUGCCCACGACGCCGACCUUCGCCGCCUCCGCGCCAAGCACGUUGCCGCACGACAGCCACGUGCGCCACCAGCUCGAGGAGAAGGACGCACUUAUUGCGCAACUCAAAGAGUCGAUGGAGGCGCUCGUCACCGACGUCAACGACCGGAAUCUCCUCGGCGAGCACGAGGCCGUCCUCGACUACAUCCGCAAGCUGCGCGCCGAGAAGGCUCUUGUCGAGCGACGUCUCUAUGACGCCGAAGAGCACAUUGUCGUGCAGGAGGAGCAGAUGAUGGGGCUGAAGGCGCAGAUCCGCUCGGACAAGGACACGAUCGAGACGCUGCGGAAGCGCGUGACCGAGCUCGAGGCGGGCGCGACACCGUCAAGGCCACUUGUCGUAGCCGAAGCACCUGCGUUUGGACCCGGCAGCGCCACGCUGGGGCGUCCGCCGACGAGCCACCGCGGUCCGAUCGUGCUUCGAGACCCGCCGCCGCAGCCCGCGAUCGCAGAUGUGUUCGACUACGCCAGCGUCCGCGCCAAGGCCAUGGCCGAGCCAGAGAGCUUCUGGCACGCGCUGCUCCAGUUCCUCUGGCCGUUUGGCAACACGGCAGCAGACGAGCCGCGACCGGGCGACGAGGUCUUCAUGACCGUCUAGUUUCACGCAAAAACCGCGUCCUGCGCGUAAUUUAUUGGUGGCGUCAUUUUGUAUGUGUCAGUGGCGUGCAAUUAGCUGCCGGAUAAUCCCAUAGUAUUGCCUGCCAUUUGUGAAA